GACAAAUGACCACGGUCCCUCAACCGUGCGAAUCGGCGGCGCUGGUUAAGCGGAGAAGCCGCGUCCAUCGGCGUUCGUGGCCACCGCUCCCCAAGCACCCCGUGUCACAGUCGGCCUUAAACAUUAAAAAUGUUACAAUGAAAUAAAUGUUUAAGAAAAACAAAACCACCCGUUUCGAAGCCAAGUUGCUUUUAAUUCAAUUACCGAAAGAGCAAUUCGAAGUCUCGCUUUUUUGGCUGUUCCGUGUUUUUUUGUGUGUCUCGUUAAAGUAACACCCACACACGUGUUUGUGUUUUAUUUUUCAACGUUAAUUUUGCGUUAGCAAUCGCAGACGAUAUACCGCGUUUAUCCGUCUCUUUGAAACCAAACAAAAAAUAGCUUUGAUAAUUUCUGUGUACUGUUUUUUUAUAUAUGAACAUAUGUAACGGUACGGUGAGUUCAUUAGAGCAGGAGCUUGAUUAAUCCGCCACAAUCACCACCACAUCCACAACCACCCUCUCGUCUUUCUGCAUUUUGAGAGAGAGAGAGGUGGGGUUGGGGGGGGUUAGCUUGGGUCUGCUGACUGCGUCGGCUUACACCGAAUAAGAUCCGUUUACGUCUUCUGCAGAAAAUGCACACGGCAGCUUGAUAAUAACAAUGAUGAUGGUAACAUUCCGCGAAUCUUUGACGUGGGAUUUCUAUGGGUCGCGAUUGAUGCUAGGACACACACACACACAAAAAAAAUCACCUUUUUGGCAAACCAUAACUUGUCUCGGACCGAGGUGUCAUCCGGCCCCUCUCAUUGGGCUCCGCGUGCUCUUCACGAGGCGCCUGUGUGGACGCGUGUCACCGACUUUCAAUGAUUUUUAAAUCGAAGAACGAUGUAUCGAUCACACUUUGUUGUUGUUUUUUAACAAACACAAACAAAAAAAGACGUUUCCUUUCUGCGUGAACAUUUUAGCUGGUUCCCGGCUGCGAAGAACAUUGACAUCGGACGUGUGACAUCUGGAACUCCAUCUUCACGUGAGAAUCGUUUUUGUUUCUGUGGUAUAUGAUUUUAUGUUUUGCUCUUGGCAGCUCAUACACUCGUACGACAAGCCCCAGGCCAGAUUUAGUUUCGCGAUAAUACAGAAAAGAAAAGAAAAUUUGAAGAAAAAAAAUGUCAAAUUUUCUUGCUGUGGUUUUCACACCUGAUGAUGAUGACGAUUGCCUGUGUUGCAGUCGAAACGUCGUGAGGAUUUUAUUGUUUUAUAUUUUUUAUUUUAUUGUUUCCCUUCUACGUGACUUUACCUAAAGAACCAAGAAUAUACAGUACCUGUUUUUUUUUAUUUCGUUGUGGCUACGAUUUAUGUAGCGACUCCGGUCUCACCGGCGCUCUGGAAAAUUUCCAGUGGCUUGAGAUGUGCUACCAUGUGGCUUUCAAGGUAUAAACUCGACUCAAUUUGAACUUAUCACAAUAUAAGGGCAGUUCAGGGAGUAGGACAAUGUAUUUGGGUUGGGAAAAAUGCAUCAAACUAGAAAGUAUGAUUUCCUACUGCGUAGGUUUUCACGCUUGUCCUAUACCGGUCUUAGAUGCGGCUUCGGGUUGUACCACGUGUUGAAUUGUUCUGUUCAUCAAGAGGAGUAAAAAUGGAGAAAAACAUGCUGAACACGCGAUACAACUCGAAAACACAUUCAACAGCUGGAUAGCACGAAACCCAUUAUUGAUAUCUUGGUCAAAAAUGCUAAUUUGUGGCAUUUCUCCAGGCAAGGAAGCAUCAAAUCAAUGCUUGUCCCUGUUUUUGUGUCUGGUACUGUGCACGCUCUGCUUGAAUCCUGUACCAUCAGCAUGGCGUGCGCGGUGGCCACCCCGGUGCUGGAGCAAAGCGGGGACUUCCCGGCGUGGCUGGAGGCGCAGGGCGUGAACGCGGAGGUGGCCCGGGCCAUGGACUCGGAGCUGGGCAUCCGGGACUACGGGGUCCUGCGCGCCUGCGUCGGGGACGGCCUCGUGCGGGCCGAGCUGCUGGCCACGGCGCGCGACCGCCUGCCCUUCGGCUUCUACGCCGUGCUGCGGCAGGUGGUGAAGGCCCUGCGGGGCGCCGAGCACCAAGACGCUGGGACGCCGUGCUGGGACGACGGCGCCACCUCCUCCCCUGGCGACGUGACGCUGGGAGGCCUGGUGGACGUGCUGCUCGCGCUGUUCAGCGGCUUGAGCCGGGAACUGCUGCUUUCUGUGCGGAGGCUUGGAGGCAUUGACGACACUGGGAUUUACUCUGGUGACCCAACUCUACCUGUCACUGAGGACGGUCCUGAGGCUACGAUGAAAGCUGAAGAGGAACAUCUCUCAGAAUGCGAUGCUCGUCCCACGGAGUCCAGCUUCAUCUCUGGCCAGAUGAAUCAUAGCAUUAAAGUGGAAUCAUUUGACGUAGAUAACAGGGCCCCGGAGGAAGCAUUUGGAAUGGAUGUUCAAGCCGUUUUCCCACUGCAGCAUGCCGAGCAAGCAAACCUCACGAAUGAAGCCGAGGCUGGCCUGUCCUCACCGCUGCUGCAGCACGAGGCAUCCAUCGAAGCGAAGAGAAAGAAAGCAGCUAUUGUUUCCGUUAUGGAGCACGCAACCCUGCCACUGCCGGAAGACGCAUCAGUCCAUCAAAGUGCUGUGAGUUGGAGCGACGGGCAGCAGAACAGCACACACGGCUUGGAGAAUGCGGAGAUGCCACAUCGAUGCGAGCAGUGCGGACUUGGCUUCUCGCAGAGCAGCACUCUCAAGCGCCACCAGCGCAUGCACGCGGGGGGUAACCCGCAUGGUUACUACGCGUACAGCUACGCGGUGCGAGGCUACGGAGGCAUUGGGCACCGCUCGAAGGUGCACGCGGGCGAAUCCGUAUUGCAGCAGUCCCCGCACCUGCAGAAGUUUCACGCGCUCGUUCACGCAAGGCAGAAGCCCUACCAGUGCGGCAUGUGCAGCAGAUCCUACUGGAGCGCCGCUCAGCUGAAGGAUCACGAGCGGUUGCACACGGGCGAGAAGCUGCACCAGUGCGAGUUGUGCGGCCAGGCCUUCUUGCGGGCCGAUCACCUCAAGAACCACCGGCGCGUGCACACGGGCGAGAAGCCGUUCCAGUGCAACAUGUGCGACCAGGCCUUCUCACGCGCGCCCAACUUGAAGCGUCACCAGCUGGUGCACACGGGCGAGAAGCCGUACAGGUGUGAGGUGUGCGGCAAGGCGUUCUCGCACGCGGCGACGCUGACGCGGCACAACCGCAUACACACGGGCGAGAGGCCGUACCAGUGCAGCAUGUGCGACAAAGCCUUUGCGCAAGACAACUCACUGAAGAAGCACUGGAAAACCCACAUGAGGGAAGAGGGCUUGACACCAAAGGAAAUGGCGUGCGCGGUGGCCACCCCGGUGCUGGAGCCUAGCGGGGACUUCCCGGCGUGGCUGGAGGCGCAGGGCGUGAACGCGGAGGUGGCCCGGGCCAUGGACUCGGAGCUGGGCAUCCGGGACUACGGGGUUCUGCGCGCCUGCGUCGGGGAUGGCCUCGUGCGGGCCGAGCUGCUGGCCACGGCGCGCGACCGCCUGCCCUUCGGCUUCUACGCCGUGCUGCGGCAGGUGGUGAAGGCCCUGCGGGGUGCCGAGCCCCACGAUGCUGGGAUUCCGCGCUGGGACGACGCAGCUUCCUUUCCCGGCGACGUGACCCUGGGAGGCCUGGUGGAGGUGCUGCUCGCGCUGUUCAGCGGCUUGAGCCGGGAGCUGCUGUUGUCCGUGCAGAGGCUGGAUGCAGAAAAAGUUGGGAAGGACUUUGGAAGCAGUGGAGACGACAGCCCCAAGGAAACAUUGCAUGCAAUAAAGACAGAGGCCCUGGAAGAUAUUAACGACGUGGACAGGCAUUCAGACUUCAUCGUGAAAGAUGUGGUCUCACUCAAAGGCAUGGCAUUGGACCGUGCGAACGCUUCCAAAGUUGGCACAUCUUCACAUAAGCAGCAGCACAUGGGAGGUAAAAUGCAACGCAACUUCGAAACUGAAGAGAGAUCUCUGCGUGUUGCGUACCCACCAAUGCCAGCAAAGACGCUGCACAUUCCCGAGGAGCAGGCGAUAAUGAUCGGGAACGAAGAGGAGGCCCUGAGCGAGAGCUCGGGGCUGUUGCUGCAAGUGGACCCCCUGGCCGAGCUGCUGUUCGUCACCACCAUCGCCGCCGUCUUCACCAUCACUGGGAUGGCGUGUGCAGUGGCCACCUCGGUGCUGGAGCCGAGCGGGGACUUCCCGGCGUGGCUGGAGGCGCAGGGCGUGAACGCGGAGGUGGCCCGGGCCAUGGACUCGGAGCUGGGCAUCCGGGACUACGGGGUCCUGCGCGCCUGCGUCGGGGACGGCCUCGUGCGGGCCGAGCUGCUGGCCGCGGCGCGCGACCGCCUGCCCUUCGGCUUCUACGCCGUGCUGCGGCAGGUGGUGAACGCCCUGCGGGGCGCCGAGCCCCACGACGCUGGGACUCCGCGCUGGGACGACGCCGCUUCCUCCCCUGGCGACGUGACGCUUGGAGGCCUGGUGGAGGUGCUGCUCGCGCUGUUCAGCGGCUUGAGCCGGGAGCUGCUGCUGUCCGUGCGGAGGUUGGGAGCCAUGGACAACCAAGGAACAUGUACUGGGGUUUCUACUUCAGCCACAAGAGUGGUCACACCUGAGGAGAACACGAUGCAUGAAAUGGAUGAAUACACAAUGAAUGGUAAAGUCUCCUCAGAUGAUCUUGGAGAGACCCCAGACUCGGACAGAGAAGACGCCGACCCCAGCCAGACAUUACAUGUGAUCAAAGCAGAGGCGUGUGGAGGUACUUAUAAUUACAACAAAGGGAAGAACAGGGCCCAAGAAGCAGGCGGGUCGAACUGCAGUCAAGUUGAGUGCACACUGAAAAGUGAGGCCUGUGGAGAUGAAGGUGGAGAGAAACUGGCUUCAGAAGUGGACGACCCUGAUCUCAACCAGACAUUAAUCGCGAUAAAAACGGAGGCCCAUGGAGGAAAAAGCAACAUCGCCCAAGAUGUAAACGUUCUUCAAGAGGUGGGACUGGACCUCACGGACUCUGUCAAGGCCGGUGCACAUCCCUGGACACGGCAACCACAGCAGCAGCAGCGGCAGACGGGCAGCGAAACGCACGGAAGUGACGCUGACGCUGAAGAGUUACCCCUCAGCGUCGUCUACACGCCCGCUCCGCUCGUCAACGGACAAACUCUCCAGCAGGAGGCGCCGGGCCUAAACGUGUCUCCGUUGAACGUUGAGCCGUGCCCUCCUCUCCAUGACGUCGACCUCCUGGAGUUUCACGUUGGCCGGCAGUGGGCCGUGCAGUCUGGCUCGGGCGCUGGCGAGAGGCCAUACCAGUGCAUGGUGUGCAGGAAGAGCUUCUCCCAGAACUGCCACCUCAAGGACCACCAACGCACGCACACGGGCGAGAAGCCGUACCGCUGCAAGAUGUGCGGCCAGUCGUUCACGCAGAAGUCGCACCUCAAGGCGCACCAGAGCACGCAUACGGGCGAGAAGCCAUACCAGUGUAAGCUGUGCCACCAGUCUUUCUCGCGCAACGGCAACCUCAAGGUGCACGUGCGCACACACACGGGCGAGAAGCCCUAUCGCUGCGGCGUGUGUGGCCAGGAGUUCUCGUACCUCUACCGAUUCAAGCACCACCAGCACAAGCACGCGGGCGAGCAUCUGUACCGCUGUGUCGUGUGCCCGCAGACCUUCGCUGACUUCAACGCUCUGAUGAGCCACCAGAACGCACACCUGGGGGAAAGGGUGCUCUGACCCGAGUGACGCGCUGUGCGGCUUUAGAGGAUGGCGGCUUUCGUAUUUUUGUAAGACAGUUCUGCCCGAAGUGGGGAUGAGGUUCUGGGUUACCGUACGUGGUUUUCUCCACGUGCUGGGAGCUUCCUCGUGAAGGAAAUGCGUUCUUCCUCCUCUAAACACGGCGAAUUGAGUUGAUGCCAAAGAGCUCCAUUUUGGUCUCAUCUGACCACAACAAUUUCACCCAGUUGUCCUCUGAAUCAUUCAGAUG